GCUUCCACAGAUUUGCAAAGCAUCAUUUAAUAUCAUACGAUGUUGAAAAUACAAGUGCUUUGGUUUUGCGCUUUCUUAGCUCACGCAUACUCAAAAGAUCUCUCAGUGGCCUUCAGGGCUACAUUAGUGAACGAAAUUCAACCGAACUUCGCAGAAAACCUGAGGCGGGCGUUCAACAAUGAAGGAAUUAGGCAGCAGAACAUGCAGAAGGUCAAGUACCUACUGUUCAGCAAUACCGCGCAUUCCAGGAAUUCGUGUUACAUGUCUCACAAGAAAAUCCAGAUGUUUCCGGUGCCGGAGUUUCGUGUAAAUGAGUUCAAGGUUGAUUUGGCAGAAGCCGUUAUUCAUAUGAAUUUGAAUUUGGGAAAUUCAACUAUUGUUACUGACAUGGAAAUUGUCAAUGAUACAAUGUUUAAUGGAAUGUACAACGUUUCGAAUAACAAUUUAAAAAUUGAUUUUAUUGGAUUAUCUGCCUCGGUUGUCGUUGGAUUCGCGCCAGAUGAAGACAGUUUUGUUCCUAAAAACUAUAAUCUACAGGUCAUACCUGAUGAAAUCAAAAUUAAUCUAUUAGAAAAUAACGUUGGAACACCACAAAUAGUGAAGUUUUUAGCAAAUGAUUAUUCACCUGCUACCAUUUUUAAGAGUCAAUUAAAUGAGAAGAUCCGCGGUAUGCUUCAUUGGCAGCUCGGAUCAGUUUUGGUGGAAUAUUCUGUGAAUGAGCUACUACUGGACGAGGAUGAUGAAAUCCGGGAAUACAAAGAUUACCUCAGGAAGCGUGUGCUGAAAGCUAACAGUAUUAUUGAUAAUUUGGUUAACACAGCGAAGAGUCGGAAAUUCCUGAAAGAUAUAGAAUUCCCAACCGAUUUUAUGCUCCCUUACAAACAGGAAAAAGCUUCAGUGAUGAGUAAAUUAACAGGGAAGGGAAUUAUCAAGGACGUUGCGAACCUCACAAGGCUCCAUGAUUGGAGCUUACUGGAAACUAAUAAGUCUAUUAUGGCUUUCGGUUCCUUGUCCAUUAAAGAUUAUAAGUUUGUUUAUGAUUACAAGACUGAAUAUAUGAAUAGCAAAAUACAGGGGAAAAUUUCUGCUACUAUUUAUAAAAACCAAUUGAACGUCGAGAUGCUGACUCUCAAAGAUACUUGUCAAACAAGAGUUGAGAUUUUAAGUACUGAACUUAGUGAUAUUGAAAUCGAUAUUUCUGGAUUAGGAGGUUUAAGUUGGUUGCAGCCUAAUAUCCGGGAUAUAGUUAUUGGUACCAUCCAUGUAGAUACAUUGUAUAAGGUGGAAAGACAUUUGGAGAAACAGUUGACUGCUGCUCAAAAAGGAAGUAGUUGUAUAACACUUUAAUUGUAUACAUAUUCUUAAAUAUAAUAAUUUCUUUGAUUAAAUUA